AUGGCCUCCGUCCUGAGCAAGCGCCAACAGGCGCGCAACGAAAAGGCGCUGCAGGAACUUGUGGCCAAGGUGCCCGGUAACAAUUCUUGCGCCGAUUGCCAGGCCCGUAACCCAGCGUGGGCAUCAUGGAGCUUGGGCGUCUUCCUCUGCAUGCGCUGCGCUUCGAUCCAUCGAAAGCUUGGCACCCACAUUUCCAAGGUCAAGUCCCUGAGUAUGGAUGGCUGGUCCAACGAACAGGUCGAGAACAUGAAAAAGGUUGGCAACGUCACCUCCAACCAAAUCUACAACCCCGAGAACAAGAAGCCUCCGGUGCCCGUCGACGCCGACGAGGCCGAUUCGGCCAUGGAGCGCUUCAUCCGAUCCAAGUACACCACGACUCCCGCGCCCACGAAAAGCCACAGCGCCAGGACCAUGGAUGAAGGCAUCCCUCCUCCGCUACCACCCAAGACGCCUAGCAAGUUCAGCUUCCGAUCCGCCUCUUCGAUUCUCCCUCUGUCAUCCCGGUCUAAAAAGCAGGCCGCUGCGCGAGACUCCAGGCCCCCGCCUAGCCCUUAUGACUAUCCACGGAGCCCGUCGCCAGACGACCACCUUCAAAACAAGCCCUCCAAGGUUUUCGGCGCCAGCGUUCAGUCCAGCAAGUCGGACGACACGGAGAGCAAGCUGGCGCACUUGCGUGACAUGGGUUUCGGAGACACGCAGAAAAACAUCACCGUGCUGCGGAGCGUCAACGGAAGCCUGGAGCGCGCCAUAGAAACUCUUGUCAGAGCAGCCGACGCCGACAGGAGAUCCCCCGGCAUCGCGCCAGCCGGCGGCGGCAGAACCCUCCGCACUUCGCGAUCCAUGACGCCCAUGUCCUCGAGCUCGGCCCCCAUCCCUCAACCGUCGACGUUCCAAGACAGGCCCUCUCCGCAAUCCGCAACAUCGAACAACCCCUUUGACAUGUGGCCGGCGCAGCCUCAGACGGCGCAAUCCACCGGAACACUCCAGAACAAGAACCCUUACAUCGGCGCGAACCCCUUCGGAGCCCCACUGCAGCAGCAGGACAUCAGUCAGGCCUUUGGCAACAUGUCUCUGGCGCCGCCACCAGCCCAGCCUCUCUUUCCCAAUCAUACCGGGGGUGUAUCUCAGCACACCUACGAUCACGCCGCGGCAACGCCUCCGAUGCCACAGGCACCACAGACCUACGCGCCCAUGAAUUUUAAUAGUAAUAUGACAUACCCGCAGCCCGUCCAGCAGCAACCCACAGGAAGCAACCCCUUCUUCACGACACAAUCCCAACUCUCGAUGCCACAGCAGAAUCUGGCCGUCAACACCAUCACAACCUCGUCUGUCGGUUUUGCCAACAACCCUUUCGCACGUUCGCCCACCAGGAUUCAGUCGCCACCCCUUGGACAGAUUCCGGAGCAGUCGCAGUCGAAUUUCUACAAUUCCCCACAGCCGCUCUCGCCGUCAGUUGGCAAUCCGUUCUUCACGCAAGCGCAGAUCCAGCAGCAGAAGCAGCAGCAGCAGCAGCAGCAACCAUUUCAGCCACAGCCCCAGCCUCAACAGCAAGUCCAGCCUCAACAACACGUCCAGCAGCAGCAGCAGCAGCCGCCCCAGUUCCAGCAGCAAUUUCAGCCCUUCCAGCAACAAGGGCACUACGCUCCGUCGCAGCCCACGUACCAGUAUGCCCAGCGAGCGGAUAAAGCCUCCAUCAUGGCUCUCUUCAACCAACCACAGCUCGCUCCACAACAGACAGGCAACCCAUACGCACCUCAGACUGGGGCUGCGGCGCCCAGUUUUGAGAACCAAGUCAAUGCGGCACCGGCGCAGGCACAGACCGCCCAACCACAGCUCCAGCAGCCGAUGCGCAGCGUGUCGAUGCCACUGGCCGGCAGCAGCAACAACCCUUUCUUCGCGGGCAGUGUGCCUACGGCGCAGGCGGCCCCGGUGACAGCUCCGGCGCCCGCAGCUCCCGCUGUUCAUGCCGGCGCGCAGCAACAAAAGGCACACGUCAGCCGCGAGAGCAUGGCGUUUGCAGACAUGAACUGGGCCAACGGACGCCACAGUCCCGAUGCGUUUGCCAGUCUCAGUUCGAGGCACUUGUGA